AUGAGCCAACCACCAACAACGCCGCCAGCUGAAGGAAAUACAGCAGCAGCUGCAGUAGCAACACCAACGAUUCAAAUAGAUAGUGAAGAGUAUGAAAAGGAAAAGACAAAGGUAAAAGAGUUAUUGAACCAAUCGUUGGCAUUACGCAACCAUUUAAAGACAUUGACACCGUCGGAACUAGUAUCUUCACAAGGAAGAGCAAAGAUACAUCAACUUAAAGUAUGGACAACCGAGAUUAUAGAGUUGUCUGGUCGACUUGGUCUAGACCACGGCAAAGCAUUGGGUCUAGAGUUUAACAGCUUUGCUCUCUUUUGCGAAAACACUUCAGACGACAUUGACCAAUACCACACCAUCCUCACGCAACUAGAACAAGCUCGUAACACUGUACUCUCACUCAAAGACAAGUCUUCUCAUAACCGUAUCUUGGAGUUACUCACCAACAUCUACAGUAGAACUGGUGAAAUUGAAAAGGAAAUUGAAACUAUUGAAAGAGCAACAAGAUUUGAAAAGAAUAUACCAACUAUGAUUGCAUUAGUUAAAUCAUAUCUUAAAAAAUUAGAUUAUAUUUACAAGGAUCGUGAUAGAAUCUAUUCAAUUCAAACUGAUGAUGGUAAUGCAUAUAUGGAUCUACAUGUUACUUGUUGGGAUCAUUAUCAAUGGCUCAAGAGUCAACCUGCAUUUGCACCACCAAUGAGUGAUAGUUUUAUCAAACAAAACAAGUCCAACCUGUUCAAACUAUGCAUUUAUAUGGGGUCAUUGGCCAAUCCACUCAUUUCACAAAAGGAUCAAGUCAUAUUCAACGUAUCAAUGGAAGCAUUUGAUGAAGCAUUCUUUAUUGCCAAUCUCAUCAAUGACAAGGAGUUUAUUUGUGCUGCCACAGCUCACAAAUCAUCUAUUCUCUAUCGUACAUUACCUCCAGACGAACGUGACCAACUCUUGGAAUCACUUAAAAAGACAGAUGCUGAAAUGAAACCAGUCAAUAGUGAACUUCGAGAUUUAAUUGAUUCUAUUGAAAAUCAAGCUCCUUCUCUUCAUCCUGAAAUGAAAGAUUCAGUUCCUCCACCAUCUGACGAUUAA